ACACUCUUCAGUAUUUGACUCUGAAAAGACGACACAGAAGCGAACGAGGAAGUGCUGGAGAAUAAUAUUUUGAAAUCAAUUGUGCAUCAUUUCCCCUCACCAUUUUCAUCUGUUGCAUGCUUGGUUGUAAUGGAGACCCCUGAGCCCGGUCAGGCAGAUGGAGAGGAGCAGAUGGUGGAGCUGAGACCCAGGACCCGCUCCAAUCCGGAGGGUGCGGAGGACCGGCGCAGCAGCACUGGCAGCCUGAACAACAGCCUGGCGUCCCCGCCGCAGCCGGCCGUGGGCAGCCGUGUGGAGGGAGAGGGAGAGGCGGCCAGCUCCGACAGCCCUCCGACUUCUGCCUCCGCUGCAGCUGCACCUGUUACUGCCACGGGAAACUCCACCGCCAGCCUGCCUGCCAUGGCUUCCACAGUGAAGGAAAGACCCAAACCCCCUCAGGCGGCCAUCGGCACCCAGAUCCCCCCAUCAGCCGAGCUACACCUGCGGGCGCCACGAGUCAACAGCCCCGAGAAAGUGAUCAUCUGUUUGGACCUUUCUGAGGAGAUGUCUCUACAGAAACUGGAGUCAUUUAAUGGAUCCAAGAUGAAUACCUUAAACGUUUCAAAAAUGCUGCAGUCUCCCUAUUUCUUCUUUGAUGUUGUUUAUCUUCAUAACGGCACUGAAGAACAAACAGAAGACACUAGCUGGAAGGACGUGUACGCCUCCUUCAGUGAGCUGGACUCUAAGGGAAUGUGUUAUUGCUUUGAGGUGUCACUGUGUGGUCCUGCUCUUGAGCUGCACAACUGCAUGGCCAAACUGCUGUGCCACCCGCUGCAGAGACCCUUCCAGAGCCACGCGUCCUACAGUCUGCUGGAGGAGGACGACGCGCCGGAGAACGAAGCCACGGUGUGAGACUGCAUAACCACAGACUGAUCCACUCCAAAAUGAAGGCUUGACCUGUGAAUAACUGCGUAUAUACGGGCCUUGUCCGCUCUUUCUGUACUGGAAAUGCCUCUUUUAUUACUUUUGAAAACUUCAGUGUCUUAAUUUAGCACAGCAGAAUAACCACACUAGCUCAAGACCCUGUUGUGGCACAGUCGAUUAAAGCGAACCAAUUAGUUUUUGAGAAUGUCAGCUAUCAACGUCGUGUAAAGGGAUACAUGAUACACCUCUCAAACGUCUGCUUGCUAUGUGGUGGAGAUUUUACAUGUGAAUGAUGGCCGUAGAGAUCCAUUGACUUCUAAUGGUUUCAUCUAGACAGCAACUAAUAAAUACUGUUUGCUUGUUCCUCUCGAAUAAAUGAAACGUAAAUGCUCUGUGGGACUCAUUUGCUACAUGGGUGCCUUACAUACAAACCAAAAAAUAUUAUGGUAUAGAAACCGUGUAGCUGUGGACAGAUUGUUCACCCAUGUUAACUAAGGUAUUUGAACGGACAUUAAGUUAAAAAAAAAAUUUGUGGGAACUAUAAUGGGCAGGGCUUGAUGCUGUCCAUCAUAAUUUGACUGGAUCGUGAAAAGCAAUCUAUGAUAUUAUUGGUUACUAUAUUCCACCAAAUCAGAUGAUAUUUCAGAUUACUGCACCAGAUUUUAUAUGGACGUAUGCUACACUGCAUUAUAAAACAGAUAGUUCCGGUCCUUGAUUCUGAUUGGCUGAGCCACGUUCGAAGCUGUU